AUGACCUAUCGACUCAUCUACGCGCUGCAUCAAGCGCCGUCCCCGGACUCUUGGAAACUGACGUCUGCGGCCAAAUUGAUGUGGCCAUUGCCCAGCGCGACAGUCUGGUCUCUGAAUGUCAACAAACCCAAGGAGAACUCAGGGGACAGGGAUGGAGAGGAUGCGUUUUGUGCGACGGACGUCCUUCGCACAUCCCUCGUCGCCCAGACGCACCACCUCCUCGAGCCACUGCUGCAAGUACUGUCCGCGCACUCUUGGCAACGGACAAUUUGGCACACCUCUGGAUCGUAUUAA